GCCUGGAGUGGAUGGAGGCGCCCGUUGAUGUGCAUCGAUUCAAGCCGGAGCCGCUGCGAACUACCGGCGAUGGUUCCACCUCUGAGAGUGCGAGCGAGAAUGAGCUUUACGAAGACACCAUGGACCUGUCAUGCGAGCAACUCGACAUUGUGUCAAACAAAAACCCAACCUUCAUCCAGGGCCGCGGCGGCACGGGGAAAACCACGACACUAGUCAUGAAGGCCGUCGCGCACGAAAUUUCCUACUACGC